AUGGCGAACGUCCUCAAGACCUAUGUGCGCAGGUUUGCAACGACAGCAGUUCGAGCCGCAGCCGCAGAGUCUGUCAACAGUUACGGGGUGCGGGUUUCCAAAGCUCAAGGAGUGGUCGACGGUCUGACGGGAGCCAUCGGCAACACACCCCUCAUCAAACUCAAGAAGCUCUCCGCCCAGACGGGAUGCAACAUUCUAGGCAAAGCCGAGUUCCAAAACCCCGGAGGCAGCGUCAAAGACCGAGCGGCGCUAUAUGUGGUCAAAGACGCUGAAGAGCGAGGUCUCCUCAAACCGGGCGGCACCGUCGUCGAAGGCACGGCGGGCAACACAGGCAUCGGGCUUGCCCACGUGUGUCGGUCCCGAGGAUACAAUCUGGUCAUCUACAUGCCCAACACGCAAUCGCAAGGCAAGAUCGAUCUAUUGAGACUCCUUGGGGCGGAAGUCUACCCGGUGCCCGCCGUCGCGUGGGAGAACCCGGAGAACUACAACUGGCAGGCGAAGCGACAUGCGGAACGGCUGUUGAAGGAAGACCCCGAGCACGGCGCAGUCUGGACGAACCAGUUCGACAACAUCGCCAACCGGAGGGCACAUAUCGAGACCACGGGCCCAGAAAUCUGGGCGCAGACAGACGGCAAGGUCGACGCUUUCACAUGCGCCACCGGCACGGGAGGCACGCUUGCAGGCACCACGCGGUUUCUGAAGGACGUCAGCAACGGCAGCGUCAAGUGUUUCCUGGCGGAUCCGCCUGGGUCGGUGCUGUACUCAUAUAUCUCGUCCGGUGGCCAGCUCAAGGAGCGCACGGGCAGCAGUAUCACCGAGGGAAUCGGCCAAGGCCGAGUCACGGACAAUCUGAAACAGGAUAUCGCCGACCUCGACGGUGCACUGAACAUCGCGGAUGAAAAGAGUAUCGAAAUGGUCUAUCGCUGUCUCGACGAGGAGGGCCUGUACUUGGGAGCCAGCAGUGCCUUGAACGUUGUGGCCGCCAAAGAAAUCGCCGAGAAGCUGGGCCCGGACCAUACCGUCGUCACGAUUCUCUGUGAUGGUGCAUAUCGCUAUGCCGACCGCCUGUUCAGCGACAAGUGGUUGAAGAGCAAGAACUUGAGAGAUGCGAUUCCGAAACAUCUCGAGAAAUAUAUCGUCCUGCCUUAA